CCCUGUCAAGACCAUCACCCUCUCUUUUUUAAGUUUUAACCACCCUCUUUCCAGCAAAUGUCGCUCCUGUAACCGUAGUGCCCGUCACAUGUCUGUUAAAAUUCUCAGCUGAAACCUUUUUCGUUCUUUUCGUGUGUGUGAUUUCUUGUUUUCUCUUAAACAGUUGCAUCAUCAAUGGACUGUUGGACUGGUGUUUUGAAGGUCCCAUUGGCACCUAGCAGCACAAGUUACUGCAGAGUUGCAGUAUCUCUCUGCCUCUCAACUGCUUCCAAAACCCUUGCUGUACCUUCUGCAAAUGCAAUUUUUUUCAAUGGAGAUAGAGCUGAAGGGACCAAGAAUCCAGUGAUUGAGAGAUUGUCUGAUUUGCAAAAAAUAGCUCAAAUUUUGGUGUCUAAACUUGGUGGUUGUGUUAAUGCAUAUGUUAUUGAGGCUCCUGUUUUUAACGGGCCUUUUGCCGUUUAUAAAGAUUUUAUUCCAUCUGUGAAUCGAUAUGGGGAGCCAAAAUCCUAUAGUCCAGUCGGAUUCCCAGCUUCCAACUCAACCGUCUCGGUCUUGCUGAAUUGCCUGAAAGAGGCUAAGAAAGUGAUUCCAAGAAGAGAGCAAGAAUCGUUGACAGAUAGCGUGUCGUUUAAUCAGCCGAAAACAUACAUCCUUGGAUUUAGCAAGGGUGGCACCGUGCUUAACCAGCUAGUUGCUGAGCUAGGCUCGUUAGAAGUAAAAUCUCAUAUGAAACCACAGCCAGCCAGCGGAGAAUUUUCGAAUGUUGAAGAAGAUAUUCAAAUCAUUCCGACUACUAAAGAAGGGCUCUUAAACAGCAUUUCGGAGAUCCAUUAUCUGGAUGUUGGUUUAAACUCUGCUGGUGCUUAUAUCACCAAUCACGAUGUGAUUGAGAGGAUAUCCAAACGUCUUAUGCAAGGCGCUCCUGGAAUUCGUUUUGUCCUCCAUGGAACUCCUAGGCAAUGGUGUGAUAGCAACCGAGUUUUGAUACGUAAUGAAAAGGACAAACUAGUUCAUCUGCUUGAAUCUGAAUCUCGCAGAAGUGGAGGGAAAUUGCAGGUGUGUGAGAAAUUUUAUUUUGGUGACAGGCCUCCUAGUCUGCAAAUGCACUUCGAAAUAGUUGAAGAUAUGGAUGUCCGUUGAAUAUUCCAUAAUCUGCAUAUUCUAGGUGACGCCAUGACUGCCGCAAACUGUAAACUGCUACUUGUUGGAUUAGAUGAUAACUAGUUAGUUGCUUCACGCGUUUCCGUGGAGAAAUUUUUUAUAAUGUUAUUAAAACUCAUCUAGCCGGGCGAAUUAACAUGUUGAUCCACUGACAUGAUCUCUAGCCCGGUUAGUUUUCAAAAUAAAUGAGGCGGAAAUUUACCUGAUGUAA